AUGCCAAAGAAAGAUAACGAAUUAUCUAUACCUACUGGUCCAAGGGUGUUAAGAUCUCGAUUACCUGUAACACGACAAGUCACUGAUUCAAAUAAAAGUAAUAAGAGAGCAUUGGAUGCAUUGGAUCGGAAAUUAUCUCAAAUUUCAAAUAAAAAGAAAAAUGGAUCACCAGUAACAGUUAAUACUGUACCAUGGUUAAUGAAUAAAAGCCCAUCUUCAGAGCCUGCAAAAUCAUCAAUUGAACGAUCUAAAAUACCAAUCAUUCCAGUGGGACCACGAAUGCGGUUACGACUACAAAAUGAUAAAUCACCAACUCCAAAGAGACGCAAACGUUCUCUUAAAAUUAAUAAUAAUGAUGAUGAAAACGAUUAUGAUUUCCUAAUACCUAAGGAUGUAAAUAUAUCUUCUGAUAUAUCUUCGCUUGGAUUAUCCAUAGAUGAUAUAGCUGAACAUGAAAUGAUUCAAUCUUCACCGAUUCGAAAGUCGGUUGCAUUUUCUAAUAAUAUUGAAGAAUUAGAGAAGAUAAAAUCGUCACCUAUUCAAAGCACUACAAAGAAACCAUUUAAAUCGAUUCUUAGAAUCAAAAAUGAUAAAAAGUUAGUAAAUUCGAUAUCAAUGUCUGAUUUACAGACUGAAACUUCAAAGAAAACAUUAUUUUUACAGGAACCUUAUUUGACACAUUCUGAGUAUUGGUCUAGUGGUGAAGUUCAUCAGCUUUCUGAUAAAAAUAAUUUAACUGAAUUUAAAAAUAUAAUAAAUAGUGGUUUAAUUAAUUUGGAAAAUGAUGUAGGAAUGAAAUUUGAAAUUUACGCCACAUUUAAUAAUAUAUUGCCGGUCAAUAAUAAAUAUGGUACUAAUAACAACAAUAUACAACAACCAAAUAAUAUUGAUAAUCUUAAAAUAGAUUUUCUUAUAAGUGCGCUGCCAAGGAUUAUGAAGGUAUCUAUCGAUGACCUAGUAAGUUUACAACCUGAAAUAAUAACAAUCUCUGAAAAUAAAGAUGCAUUUAAUGUAAGGACUUAUAUUCAAAUUGUUAAAUUCAUUAGCUUUAUUCUUUCAAAUCAGACAAUAGUUCAAGUAAUUCCAAAUAGUCCACAUGUUCUGGAAAGAAUUAAUCUUGUUUAUAAAGCAUGCAUUCAAGCUUUAGAAAAUCAGCAUUGUUCCAAACAGAUUAUUAUUACACAUAUAAACUUUUUGAAAGAUGAACUCUUUGGAGAAAAACAUUUUACUUCUCAAGAAAAACAAUUUAUAGUUGACGUUAUUGUAAAAAUACGAGAAUUGAAAAGUAUGAACUUAGUAACAGAGAAACUGAGUUUGAUUAAAAGCCUGUUAAGGAAAUAUCGAUAUGCAAUGUUAAAGGAUAUUGUUUUAUGGUUACCAGGUGAAGUAAUUCCACGUUUACUUCUUCAUAAUAUUGAGCAUGGUUGGUCCAUCGUAGAAUCUGCGAUAUCUAUCUUACUUGAUCUGUUAAAAAUAUACCGUGAACUAAGUUUCAAUCACACCCAAGUAUAUUCAUGCAUUGAGCUAAGUGAUAUGAGAACUGUGGUACCAAAAAAAUUUGUUGGACAAUUAGGAAAGUUAAUGAAAACUCCUUCAGAUCAAAAAACAACUUUAGGAACAAUUAUUAGAAACCAUAUUAAAAUAUUAACAAAUCAAGGAAACUUUAAGAUUGCAAAUGAUAUAUGGUUAGCAACUAUUGGUUUAUUAUACAACAAAGACAAUAUAUGUUUUUUAUCGGAAUCCUCACAUGAAUAUGCUUGUGAAUGGAUUAAGGUAAAUAGAAUAUGUUUCAGCAAUCCUGAUUCAACUGCACGGUUACAAGCUUUGAAAGUUUGGCGUGUAGUAAUACAUGGUGUUUACGUGAAACUAUGGAAUGAUCCUAUUUCAAUUAAGGAUAUAGAAUCUAUGUACAAAUUACUUCAGAUACCAUUUGAUAUGGCAUUGCAAACUCAAGUAGACGAUUCUUCGUUGCAGGGUUUACAAUUUUUGUUACAUAUUCUUUCUUUUACUACUUCAAGACUGUCGUACAAUAAAAGCUCUACUAUAGGAACACAGUAUACUAACUGGUUUAAGACAGUACAGUCAAUUUACAUGAAAUUGUUCAGUUAUCCUAAUAAUGUUCUUCGUAUUUCUGUUUUAAGAUCAAUUUUCAGGUUACUGGAUUCGACUUAUAAACUAAGUAUUAAACCAAACAUAGUUAAUUCUGGGAAUGACUCUGCUUUAUUUGGUUCAAAAAUGGUAUUGACGGCAUCUGGUAUUUCACCGUCAGCCAUUUCAUGUAUCGAUCCACAAUAUUCACGAAUAGUCCUUUGCGAGAUCUCAAAAGGAUUAAAAAUAAAUGUUGAUGAUCAACUUGGAUCUACGGAAGUAAAUGAAAUUGAAAAAAAGACCAGUAUUUUUCCUCAGAACCUCUUCACUCUGUCAAUGUUCCGCGAGUUUUCUCAAAUUUUAAUAUUUUACUAUUCACAAAAUGCAGAUUCCUUCCUAAACCCUAUGGAUUUUGUUCUCCUUCCAACAGCUUUAGUUACCUUAUUUUCAGACGUUUUAUUUUAUGAAAAUACAUCCGAUUAUCUAAUAGAUUUUUUGACUAAACUAGAUUAUGUGUAUCCUUUAGAUAAAAAGAACUCCAUAUUAGAACAGCUAUUCAAAAACAUGUUUAAGACAUUCUCAACAAAUGAUAACAUUUAUUUGGUGACAUAUGCGUUUCUAUGUAUCGACAAUACUUUAUUAAGAGACAUCAUACACCAGAGCUUAGGUCAAUUAUCGUCACCGAUUACUUUGACAUUGACUCAAAUGUACUAUAUCCUAAAGAUCCUAUCGUUCUUUCCGAACUCUGUAUUACUGGAGAAAUUCUACUCCAUUAUAUUUGAAGAAAAAUGUAAUCUAAUAAUGGGAAAUUACAAUUUUUUAAAGAUUUUGCGAAUGGAAAGUUGGAACCUGAAUCAAAUUAUCACGUUUACGAUAAAUUACUAUGCGCAUGAUAGAACUAAUUCAAAUGGAUGUGUUUUGGCGAUAUUAGAAGAAUUGUUUAAGAGGGAUACAAAUAUAUUCUAUUACAUUGCUCCGAUCAUGGAAAUGAACGGUGACAUAAAUAAACUUAAAAUCACUGUUAAUGAAAAUCCUCAAUUAAUUGAAAAUUCCCUGUUCUUCGAAAUGCCAUUUUUUACAGAGAUUCUUUCGAAAAGUCUUGAGAAGAAACUUAUCAAGGAUCUUCGUAAUUUUCCCAAAUGGAAACAAAUAAACAUAAUGAAAAAAUUUAUAAUGAAAAAACCACAGAUGUUCCUUAGGGCAGGUCGUCCGGUGAUUAUGGAUUUCGUGAAGUUUGCAGGGCCAUUAUCAGGUGAAGGAAAAAGUGUUGCAAUAGAAAUAUUAAAAGCCUGUUAUAAAUGUCAAAUGGUAUCUUUUGCUAAUAAACUUAUGGAUAUGUUCCUCUCAAACGAUAAUGUUACAGUUGUAGUGGAUUUUCUUUAUGAAAACGAUGGUUCUAAUAAAAAAAUAUGGGACGAUAAAAUAUUGGUCAAGCUCGCCUCUAAAACAAGUAGAAUUAGGGAGGAUUUAAUUAUGAUUCUUAAAAAAGAAUUCGAUAAGAGAACGACUAUACAAAAAAUAUCGUUAAUUGAUAAUAUUAUUAAGGAAAAGGACAUGUAUCUCUUCAAGUCGUGUAUUAAAGAAAUAUUUCGUUCUUUUAUACAAGCCCAUACCAACCUGGUUUCAACUGACGAGCGGUUAACAAAAACUGUAUUUGGCAAAGUAGUUGAAUUUGUUUUGUUCAAUCAUGAUUACUCAUCAGUUUUUGAUAUUACCGACCUGUAUGUAGAUAUGUUACCAAAAGAACUUUCUGAAGAAAAUAUUGAGGAUAUCAAAUGUUUCUUAUCGAUGUUACCUAAACGAAAUGAAAAGUUCAAAAAGGAUAUUGAACUGCCUAGAAUGAAAGACCUUACUAACAUUUGGAAGUGUCAUACUGAGAAACAGAUUAAUAAGGAUAUGUCGACAUCAGAAGUUAGUUCAAUUCUAACUCCAGAAGGGUUAUAUGAUUCAGCUCAAGAAAGUAAUACCACAAACCAAAAAGUCGACCUACUAAUGCAUUAUUUUACCGAUUACAUAGCUGAAUACAAGUUAAAAGAUUCGAGUAUACUCUCCUCUCAAACAUGUCCUUCUCUUCCAGAGGUUGUAGAAAGUUCCAGGGUAGAAAAUAAUCUCAUACCAGCGAUAAGUUUCUCUGAAAGUCAUCCUUCGACACUACAAGAGGUUGAUCUAAAUUGUAGUGACAACAGUAAAAGGCUAUCCCAAAGUUAUUUGGCAAAAAGUACCCAGCUUUCACAGAAGAAUAUGGCAAAUGCUGAUAUGAAUGAAAAUACCUUAAAACAUAAUAUUGGAAUUCAGGAGCAUACUAUUCAGAUUAAAGGAACAAAUAUCCAAGGUGCACCUGAAGCUCAACCUUCUACAGAAGUAAAUACUGAUGUUGAAGACCCAUCCACUGGUUCCGACGUUCGAAUGAGUGAUUUUAGGGUAAUUAGUGGAUAUUUAGAGCGUACACAUUUCACUGAAGAGAGGAACAAAAUUAGCGAGACUUCAAGCCCAAUUAUAGAUAGCCAAAAUGAUAGUAGCAGCAAUCAUAAUAAUAUUCUAGAAACACCAAUUGAAGAGGAAAGGCACUCUAAAGGCAAAUUGAGUUCCAAAGGCACUAUUGUUUCAUCCAAUUCCAAAGAUGUGACCAAUGAAAAUGGUUCAGACACGCCUAAUAACACAACUUCGAGAAUUGCAAACAACUCAGCAGGCGGUUCAAUGGAUAAAAUUCAUGAAUCACGUAUUGUGGUGUCAUCAGGUAGCGUAAGCAUUUCAAAUAACGAUAAAGAAGUUGAAAGAAGUAAUAAUCUUGACAACCCAAACAGUAGUUCAGCGAAAAAUGUAAAUGGUCUAGUCAAAAAUGUCUCUAAACCUGUAAACCCAGCAGAUCCUUCAAAAAGGAUAGAAAAUUUAAGUGAAGAUUUUGAACGUGUAAUCCCCGAUGGUGACGAUGAGUUUUUGAAAGAAAUGGAAAAUUUAAGCGUUUUACUUGAUCAACCAGUCUCUAGUAGUCCUGUUAAGGAGUCGGACGUUAAAACUACAGGAACCUCUCAAGGCACGAUCUUACAGAAAGGGAAAUCAAGCAUACAUAAUAUAAUGCAAGCAAAUUUACCUCAAGGUGCUAUUGGAACAGAAACAGCAAUAAAUACAACUCCUUGUACAGAUAGAACCAACCAUACCGAUAAGGUAGUUGAAGAUUCUGAGAAAGAGCCAAAAGGUAUUAAAAUUCCCAUUUUUAACUCAAGGAGAAUGAAUCCCGUAAAUACUAGACCUGCCAAGAUAUCACCAAGGAAAAAAAGUUUACGCUAUGCAAAUAAAAGUACUGUAAUAAAUGUUAAUAUACCAAAAACGUUCAGACGGUCUGUAAGUCCCGAGCCAAUUAUUAGACACCCAACAAUGACUGACUCCUUUGGCAACGAUUUAAUAAUCUCUGAUCUUUCGCAACAUAAUAGCCCCACAAGUUCCUCUUUCGCAUCUUUGAAAGAUGAUGUGUCAUCCAAGAAAGCUCGUAAACUAUUGAGUAGGAUGAGAUCUAUUUCUUCUUCAGAUCUAGCGACAUUAUCCCCAGAUGAAAGAAGAAACAUGAGAGUUGAAAUGCUGGAUUUUUUAAUGAAAUUAGAACAUCCGAAUUCAAAUGGCGUUUAA